AGGUGGCCAGGUGGGGACACUAAAAUAUAUAUAUGAAAAACCGACAGUUAAAGAUAUGCAUUUAUUGAUCAUUUGUUGAACUGUAACUAACAAUCUAUCUGAGAUUUACUAAGUGAAAAGUUUUGGAAACAUGAAUCAUUUAUUGGUGGCGAUUUUAGUAAGCACUGUAGUCUUAUGCAACGGUGCUGUACUACAAACUUCUGAACUAUCAAAGCUUAUAUCUGAAGAUGGAAGUAAACAUUCUGAAUCAGCAAAGGACUUGGAAACAUCUGCCAGUGACAGGAGCUUUUUACUAGGAAAAGAUUAUGGUUACGGAAGUGGAUAUGGCAGUGGUUAUGGCUAUGGAAACUAUCCUGGAGUUUAUGGUUACAACAGAGGGGGAUACUACCCAAAUUCGGUUUAUAGAGGAUACCAAACUGGUCUUACUGGACUCCUUGGAGGAGGAGGAUCAGGAGCUGGCUACGGUGGAUACUAUGGGGGUGGAUAUGGAGGAGUGAAUCCUAAUUAUUAUGGUGGAAUUUACGGAAAUGGAAUCGGAGGAUACGGAUAUGGCAGCGAUGACGGUUUGAUAGGAAAUAGAGGAUAUAAUCGCUGGAAUAAUCUCGACGGAUAUGGCGGUUAUAGCGGUUAUGGAGGAUACGGGGGUUACGGAGGUGCUGGUUAUCCUAAUUAUCUCAACAGAGGCUAUGGUUCGUACUCAGGACUUGGUUACCCUACUGGAUACAGAGGAUACUCAUAAGCUGAUUAAAUUGCUUAAGAGAUCAAUAAAAUAAAGAUAACAAAAA